AUGUCCACCACAAACUAUGAAACAUUCGAUCAAAAUAUCUCUAAUAUAAGUAAAUUACCUAAAAAAAAUUUCCCCAUGAGGGUUGUUGUGAAUACAUAUAGCAGACAGAUGGAUGAUGAACUAGAUCUAGUGCCAGGUGACAAAAUUCAUGUUAUUACUGAUGAUGAAGAAUAUAACGACGGCUGGUAUUUUGGUAAAAAUUUAAAUACAGGCAAAAUGGGCCUAUUCCCUAAAAAUUUCACACAAGUGGUAGAUAAUAAAGAUUCAAUAAUGAAUAAAAAAUCUCAUAGAAGAAACAGUAGUUUAAUUAACUCAACAACAACAACAACAGCAAUAAAUCAAAAUAAUUUAAAAACGCAUAAUAAUGACUCUUUUAUUUUCGAAGAAAAUACUAAGAACAACAACAAUAAAUCUAUAAAUAAUAAUUAUAACCAAAACUUGAAAUCAGAAAUGGUAGUCAAUACUACAAUGAAUGACAUUGAUCAAGCGUUACGUGCGUUGAAAAAUGAUUCUAUGGAUAUUCUUGGUGAUCUAUCUUCGAUAAAUACUUCACAUUCAGGAACGAUCGGAUCAUUAACCAAUACGUCGUUUCCAAAUGAAAAUACCUUCAAAUUUCCCUUCAAUCUUAAGCAAACAAAAGGUCUAAGUUCCCUUCCUAUUUCCAGUUUGGCUGAUCCUUAUAAUCAUAUUACUGAUUCCACUUUUUCUCAAAAAGAUUAUACAUUUGAUAUCCGUAAUUUAAAACAGUGGUCCCCCAAUGAAAUAGCAAAUUAUUUUAUAAAAAAAGGUAUAGAUAUUAAAACUGCUUCAUUGUUUGAAAAACAUAAAAUUAAUGGAUCAAUUCUUUUAGAAUUGGAAUUAUUACAUUUAAAGGAGCUUGAUAUUAAUUCUUUUGGUACCAGAUUUACGAUUUUUAAAAUAAUUGAAGAUUUGAAGGAACAACUUAAAAAAGAUUUUAAUCAUAAUAUUCUCAAUACAAAUAGUUUUAAAUCACAGUUGUCAACUUCUACCAUAAACAAUAACGAUACUAAUAUUCAUGAUAAUGAUAGCUUACUUCCAGCAGCAUCAAUACCAUCUGUUGAUAAUAAUAACAACAAUAAUAAUAAUCAUAAUAAUAUGAAUCCAAGGGAGAAGUUACCAAAUAAUCAUCGAGUUAACUCAGUUGCAUCCCAUAGCAGAAAACCCAGUGGUAUAUCGGUAAAUAAUCAAACUUUAAAACUUACUUCUGAAAAAUUAGCAGGUUUGGCCAUAUCAUCAAAUGAACAUCUUUUUGAUUCUCCUGGUGCGGCUCCUAAACCACCUUCAUAUCCAAGUCCGGUACAACCACGGUUAUCUCCCACAGUAAACAAAAAUGUUAACAUGAGUCCAUCUAUCAAUAAGUAUUCAUCGCCAAGAGAAAAAUAUGAAAAUAAAAACAGACCACCAACAAAAUUAGAGAAUAACUAUAUAAGAACUAAUCCGGAGUACAAAUUUGGGUCUCUACAACGACCCUCAGAUUUAAAUAAUAUUUCAGAAAACGAAUCGUUAACAACAUCUUUAAAUGCUCAUAAAAUAAAGUCUUCAACUAAAAAUGUCGUUAGAUCGACUUUUAAUAUUCCAACAACUAAUUUUCCUGUUUCCUCUUCGACAACACCGUUGCCUACAAGUACAACAGAAACAAAUAUUACUUCUAGAUAUUCCAAAGUUUAUAUUCAUAGUAAUCAGACUACAUCCAUGGAGCACCGCAUCCCAUCAUAUCAUAAAAAGUCAAUUAGUGGUGGUUCUUUUAUUGAUUUAUUUAGUAGAAUAUCAUCAAUGUCUCCUAGCAGAACAGAUUUAUUAGAGGAUAAUGAAAGCACUAUGGUACCAGAUAGACCAAAUUCAGUGAUAUAUGGUCACUCAAGAUCAUCUUCUGGAGUACCAUAUCAUAUGAGAAAAUCCUCUCAAGGGUUAUUAGACAUCAAAAAGCAUAGAAGAGCUUCUUCUGUAUUAAGUUUUUUUUCUCCAACUAAAGUUGAUACAGAUCAAGAAGUCAAUUUUCAUGGUCAUGGAACUAUUUCUCAUUCUAGAAAGCCUUCAGUGAUAAAUAGUCCUUUGAAACAAGAAAUAAAAGAAAACGUGGAAUCUAGUUUAAAUAAAACACCUAAGACGAAAUCAUAUAGACACUCUAUGUUUGUUGGUAAUUCAGCAACAAUAUCGACUUUGGCAACAAUAACUCCAAAAAAACAAGAAUUAACUAGUCCGAAGAAUAUUUCUAGCAGCGCAGGGAAGAGACCGAAAAGCGAACUAUCAACAUCUCAUAAGGCUAAGCAAAUAUUACGGUUUAGUAGUAGUGAUAAAAAGAAAACAUCUGCUUUUGUGGAGGGCAUUCGCAAUGUCACUGUGGAAGAAGCCAUCAAAGAUGCAUCAUGUUAUGGAUGGAUGUAUAAGAAAAGCAGUGGAACUAUGGGUACUUGGAAGAAAAGGUUUUUCACCUUACAUGGAACUAGGUUAUCUUAUUUUGGAUCUUUGAAUGAUACAAAGGAACGUGGGCUAAUUGAUAUCACAGGCCAUCGUGUUGUACCUAUAAAGGAUGAUGAUAGAUUAAUUGCAUUUUAUGCUACAAGUACAAGAAGUGGGAAAUAUAUUUUUAAACUAUUACCCCCACAACCUGGUUCCAAAAAAGGAUUAACUUUUACUCAACUAAGAGUUCAUUACUUUUCGGUGGAAUCAAAAGAAGAUAUUAGAAGUUGGCUUUCUGCGUUAAUUAAGGCCAGUAUUGACAUUGACGACACAGUUCCCGUUAUUAGUACAUAUGCAAUGCCUACUGUAUCAUUGAAUGAAGCAAAACAAAUGUUGAAGGAGGCCAAGGAAGAAAUGACCUUGAGAAUUCAAGAGAACGCUGCCAAUGAAUAUGAUGAAGGAAAGCAUAUUUGGGAAGAAAAACGUGAAUCUUUGGGACGUCUUUCUUCAAAUGUAUUAUAA